UUGCGCAUACUACGGCCUCCGAGUAACGCUUCUUGUCAAUUGAUCGACACUUUGUAGGCUGACAUCUGUAGCGCAGGACAGAGCAAUGUGAAACCGACGCCCCGUCGUACACAUCAUAUGUACCCCGAAACCACCCCCCGUACAACUGAAAAUGGACCAGUCCUAAAUCAGGAUCAUGCGGACUACCUCUCGGCGUCAUGAUCCAGCUAAGCCCCUUCCCGGCUGUCCCCCCUCGUAAUCUCUGCUUAGCCAGCGUGCGCCCCGUAGCACCCCAUGUCUCUCCACCGCUCGUUUUGUCGCUCUUUCUCAUCUCAUAUGAGGAUCCGACUCUUCACGCUCUCUCUGUUACUCGCGAACACAGUCGUGGACGUGCGAGCAACGCCCACAAACCGGACGAUCGAUGAUCACUAUGGUGACUCUUUCACAGGGGCCCUGCCCUUGUACACCAAUUUGCCCGGUUGGGAAUGGAAUUAUGGCCCGGAAUGUCCUGCUUGCACCCUGCAACUGGACAAGGCGAAGGUCUUCAUGGGAAGCUGGCAUGACACGACAUUGUUGCCCAAUGCCGUGGGUGCAAACGUUGUCUCUAUGAGCUUCACUGGUACCGAGGUCUGGGUAUACUGCGUUAUGGCCCAGAAGGUCAGCAGCACUGCUAUCAUCACCAUCACCGACAUCGAUAUCGAACUCGACGGCGAGAAGGUCAAAACGUAUGUCAACACCCCGACAAAUCAGGACGCAACAGCAAGCGAUUUCUCCUACAAUGUGACCGUGUACAGCAAUACGAACCUGACAAACACGGAGCACACUUUGAACAUGACUGUGCUAGCAGGGUCGUGGAUAGCAUUCGAUUAUCUGCAGUACACAUACGACGACAUUGGAGAGAUUCCUGUCGUGGGGCCAACUACCUCAGGGUCCAGCUCAUCACCCUCGAAUUCCGAAUCGCGCACUACAUCCAGCAAUAUCAGUACAUCCUCGGUCAAACCAAGCAGUAGCUCGGCGACGACAAAGUCGCAUCCAUCUAUUGCUGCCAUCGUGGGCGCAGCAGCCGGAGGAGCUGCUGCAGUAGUGCUCCUGUCCAUCAUACUCUGUGUGUGUCGCAGACAGAGGUCGAAGAGAGUGGACCGCGAUCGGAGCUAGCCGUAGGCGAUCCUGCUUUUGCGGCAAGCGAAAGCCUGGACGUACACUGCACGGACGUAACACCACCGCACACACUCAUUUCGACGACACCCCUGGCAUUUUCACAACAACCCGUUCCCCCACAACCACCAUAGGCAUUUCGUCCAUCAGUCACUUCGCACGAAUUUGCACGGCACCUUCCGGUGGUCCUCUUCCAGGGCCUGACACGCCCAUAGCGCCACC